AUGACACCUCUUUCAUGGGAGUAUUGGAUACCAUAUUUCCAGAAAGAAGGAUUCGAGGUCCACGCCCCGGGUUGGCCGGGGGUGGACGGCCGAACGCACGAAGAGAUCCGUGCGGACCCGAAGCCGAUAUCACUUCAUCGAAUCGAAGACAUUGUAGACCAUUACGAGACAUACAUCAGGAAGCUUGCAGAACCCCCCAUCAUCAUUGGCCAUUCUUUCGGCGGCCUGUUCGCCCAAAUACUAUUAUCGCGAGGACUUGGCGCACUUGGAAUCGCUGUGUGCCCUGCGCAACCAGCGGGGAUCAUUUACAUUUCGCCAAGCACAAUAAGAACGGCGAUGCCCAUCUUCACUCACCCACUGCAUUCGGAUGCGACAGUACCGAUUUCCGAGAGUCACUUCCACUACUGCUUCGGCAACCUCGUUGCCGCUGAGGAGAGCAAGAAAUUAUGGGAGCGGUAUUGCAUACCUGCAGAUUCCCGGGUCUUAUGGCAACUAGCAACCAAUGUGACAGCUGGAGAAGCGGCGCCUCACUACGUCCAGUUUGACAAACCGGAUAGAGCACCUUUAUUACUCAUAGGAGCCUCGAAAGAUCAUAUUGUGACAGCAAGAACCGUUAGGAAGGAGUUCAAGGCAUAUAAGGGACGUGCGCCAGUGAAAUACAAGGAGUUCGGAGGCAUGAGCCAUGGUCUUAUCUUCCAAGAAGGAUGGGAAACGGGGCUCAAGGCUCAGGUAGACAAGCAGCAUAAUAGAACAUUCAUAGAUCAGCCUAGAAUCAUUGCAAGCGAAUCACGAAGAUUGUUCGGUGGAGUCGUACUGCUGAGUUGUGAAGUUGGGGUGGCACAUUGGGAGAUGACAAUCGUGAUUGGAGUUGACUGCACGUUUCACUGCUGGGCAUUUCUAAGCAAAUUCUCGGUCUUUGUACCCGUGGCAGGCCCUACUUUGACCCCAACAGGUCUUGGAGUAUCUUCGAGCGACCGUGACAUGCUAUUGGCUCCUCUCUUUCCAAAGUCUCCAACACCAUCCGCUUUUUGCAAAUGCUCCGAUAGCUUCCAUCCCAAACCCCUGGUCCUGGGUCUUUACGCCAAGGGGCAGAACAUUGCGACCUACCAAACAGGUGCUCACCUCCAUCUUUAUGAACCCACAGUAACAGUGAGAAUGGAAUGGAGGGGCUUGCUUAUGAGGGGCAGACCGCCCUCUGCAGUGCGGCAUCUGGAUAAGAUUAACUUGGUGGCCAUCUUUGUCACGCUCAACUCUAUUGUCUCAUCUGAUACUACCAAACUCUCUCCCUAG